AUGAGACAAGAAGGACCAAGCUGGAAUGAGCAGACGAGAAGAUUAACACAACAGAUGCCGCAGGAGAUUCGAGAGCUGCCUGGUGGUCAGGGUCCUUCAGGAACCUCUUUAUCUUGGAGAUUGAGGGCGGAGCCUAUUCCGAGUUGGUUCAAACAACCGACUGAUAUGAAAGCUUAUGAUGGAAGCUCAGACCCAAAGGAGUUUGUAACCGUUUUUCGGGCAACAAUGUCAUUAUGCGGAGAAUCAGACUCUUUGUUAUGUCGGACAUUUCCAGUUUUCCUAAGGAAGCAGGCGUUAGAAUGGUUUACAGGUCUGCCAGUCAAUUCCAUUGACAGUUGGGCUGAUUUAUCUCAUCGUUUCAUACAGCAGUUUGCUCAUUGUGGACCCCAACCAAAAACCACACAAAAUUUAUGUGGAGUGAGACAAAAGCCAGGAGAAAAGGUUAGAGAAUAUUAUGAACGGUUUCAAGCAGAAGCUAGACAAGUGAAGGGGAAGGAGAAUCAGACGUAUUUGCUGUUAUUUACCACCGGGUUACAACCGGGCGGGUUGGCGGAUACUUUAGCGAAAAAAGGACCGGCUACAAAGGAAGAGUUGAUGGAAAAGAUUCGGAAGUACAUUGAUUUGGAAGUAUUCAGAUCUUCUCAGAGGCAAAUUGAACAAGGGUUUAGAGAGGCUACAUUUAGGAGGUCGGACAAGCCCGCUGGAAGAAGACAAUUUGACGAAAGGCGACCUCGGGUAGUAGGGGAAAGAUUUAGAGAAACAUAUAAGAGAGAUUUCACACCAUUAAAUACGUCCAGAGCCCAGAUAUUGAAGGAGGUAAUGUCUACAGAAAUGCAAAAUGUUCCACGGCCUCCGCCGAUUCGGUCGAGUUAUGCACAAGCAGAUAAAACGAAAUUGUGUAAAUGUUAUUGA